AGUCCUAAUUGUAAUAAGAAAGGUGAAUGUAUGUUGGGCCGCUAUCUCAGAAACUGCUGUUUCAGGAACACUGAGACGUUCAUCAAACAACUACUUCGAUACAAUACCUCCAGAAGUGCCCAAAGAGCGGAAACUUCUCUCAUUGACUAUCUCGAGUUAGAAGUCAGAGGUGGUAGGGGUGGUGGGGGAUGUGCCAGUAUCCAGAAAAUACAAAGGAAUAAACAAAAACCAGAUGGAGCUGAUGGGGGAGAUGGAGGUUCGGUUCUUUUCAGAACAUCUAAAAGUAGAUUAGAUUUCAGUCACAUCCCAUCAGAAAUUGUUGGCCGUUCUGGAGGAGCAGGAGUAGGGAAAAAUAAGACAGGGGUGAGGGGUAGUGAACUUAUCGUUACCAUUCCUGUUGGUUCCAUAGUUGGUUGCCAGCUAUCACAGAAGCCUUUGGUUGAACUUGAUUCGGAAGAGGAAUUGUUUUUGGCUGCUAGAGGUGGCAAGGGAGGUCGGGGGAAUCUAUCAAUUUCUGGUCAGUUGUCUUUCGGCCGAGAUAGGUAUGGCUGCAAAGAGAAGGAAGAGGGAGAAGAGGGACAAUUAUCUUCAAUUUAUUUAGAAAUGAAAACAAUCGCCGAUAUUGGACUGGUUGGUCUUCCAAAUGCAGGAAAGUCUUCUCUUCUCAGAUCUAUUUCUGGGGCUCAACCGAAGAUUGCAUCAUACCCUUUUACUACGUUAAGACCACAUGUUGGAGUAAUUCAUUAUGAUGGUUACUAUCGGGUUAGGAUGGCUGACAUUCCUGGUCUAAUCGAGGGAAGCAGCUUGGGGCGUGGACUGGGCUAUUCCUUUUUAAGACACAUAGAGCGUUGCAAGAGUUUGCUUUAUGUAGUCGAUAUGUCAAAUAUGGAGUGUGAACCCAUUGAAACGAUCAGAGUAUUAGAAAAGGAACUUGAAGCAUACAAACCUGGGAUGACUGAGAACAUAGUUGGUAUCGUUGCCAAUAAAAUAGACCUCUUACAAGGACCCCAAACUAUUGUUCAGUUAGCCAGGGCUUUUCCUAAGUAUCCUGUCAUGCCUAUUUCAGCUUUAGAACAGAGGAAUGUAGUAGCUGUGCGAAAUGUUUUGGAGCCUUUCAAGUAUGUAUUUGUACAUAAGUCAAAUGAAAAAGAAGUGUACUCAUGAUCAAUGAUUAUUUUCAUACUAUUACUGAUUUUCAUCCAAAUUUCAUAUUUCAUCGAAAACGUUGAACAGGGACUAAAAAUGUUUGGUAUUGUGAUUUAAUUUAUUAUUUUAUCAAUGACAUCGUCACAACAAAGCGUAGAAUGUUAUUCAAUUUGAUCACUUGAUACUAAUUCAUUGAAUAGUUCAUCAACUUAUUGAUUUUCAAAAGUGUGGAAAAUGUAUUCCAUACAGAUUCUUAACUCCAUUCAAUUGUUUCCAUCGAGAACUAAAUUAAUUUUAAUGCGUCUUGCCUUCAUUUUGCCUUCAGCAUCGCUUUAAAAUUUUGUCAUAUCGUAUGUUUAAACAAUGUAUUUUGUAUUCAGGUAUGUCAACUCGCAGCUCGGCCAGAAAUAGAAAUAAGCCCAAAGUAGAUUACAAUGACGAUCCGACUGUUACCACUGAUAAACCAGUGAGAAAGACCCGUGGGAAAAAAGCACCAAAAGCUGCUGAUGAUGACGACGAUGAGAACGACAACAAUGUGAGUAAUACCGUCCCUACCAGGAAACCUCGAGGCAGAAAAGCUGCCAACAAAGCUGCAGCCACAACUAAUGACAGUGAUGACGACGAUACCAAACCAGUCAAGCCUACUCGUGGAAAGAGGAAAGCCAAAGCUCCAACCCCCAUUCCUGAAGACGAGGAGAUGGAAACCAAGAAAAAGAAGAUUGAAGAAAAAAUAGACACAAAGAUAAAAGAGGAGAAAGGUGGAAAAAUUAUCGUUCCAGUUGACUCACAGUGCCCAAGGAGCUCAGUAUCUACAGUUUUUUGUGACUCUGAUGGUCCUUGGGAUGCUAUGCUCAACCAGACGAAUGUUGGUUCGAACAAUAACAAAUAUUAUUUACUUCAGUUAUUGAAAAAUACCCACCAAAAUUCAUACAAUACUUGGUUCCGAUGGGGCAGGAUUGGUUACAGCAAUGGCCAUCAGAAUAAACUCACUUCGUUUAGCAAUCUUGAAGCUGCCAAGAGUGAUUUCAUGAAAAAAUUUUCGGAUAAGACGAAAAAUGUUUGGCCCUGUGAGUUUGAAGACUUUGAGAAGUACCCUAACAAGUAUGAUCUGAUUAAGCUCGACUAUGCUGUAAAGGAAGAGGAGGUUGAAGUUGACGGUGCCCCUGUUAAACAAGAGCCAGUUGAGAGCAAGUUAGACCCCCGACUCUUGUCCAUGAUGGAACUCAUCUCCAAUGUCAAGGCGAUGGAACAGGCAGUCAUGGAGAUGAACUAUGACGUCAAAAAGUCACCUCUAGGUAAACUUUCAAAGGAACAGAUUAAAUCAGGAUACGAAGCUUUGACCAUUAUUGAGGAGUGUAUUAAAGCAGAUCAGUCGAGCAGUAAGAAAGCAAAGGAUGCAUGCAGUAUGUUCUACACCAGAAUACCUCACAAUUUCGGCUUUACCACUCCUCCUCUGAUACGGACUCUCGAGGAAGUAAAGAUUAAAAUCGAGCUUCUGGAUACACUAAUCGAUAUAGAGGCUGCAGUUAAGGCUAUCAAGGAGGGCACAAAGGACACUGUUCACAAGACAGAUUCCUUCUACCAGAACUUGAAGAUAGAGAUGAAACCUCUUGAGAGGGAUAGUGAUCUGUUCCAGAUGUUAUCCACAUAUCUCCACAAUACCCAUGGUAAAACCCAUCUUCACUACACAAUGGAAGUAGAGGAUAUUUUCGAGCUAAACAAGGAGGGAGAGGAGGAACGGUACAAAGACCUGGGAAACAAGCAGCUACUUUGGCACGGGUCCAGACUAGCUAAUUGGGGCGGUAUAUUCAGUCAGGGUCUGAGGAUUGCCCCUCCUGAGGCCCCGGUUACAGGAUACAUGUUUGGUAAAGGUGUGUACUUUGCUGACAUGGCCUCUAAGAGCGCAAACUACUGCUUCACCUCCCACAACCAACCCACUGGUAUUCUCCUUCUAGCUGAGGUGUCUCUUGGUGAGGAACGUGAGCUGUUAGGCUCGGAUUAUCAUGCGGAUAAACUUCCUGCCGGGAAACACUCCACUAAGGGUGUUGGACUGAACGCGCCAGAUCCCGCCCAGACCAAGUCUCUAGGUGAUGUGAAGGUUCCUCUGGGAACUGGAGUCAACACAGGGGUAACCAAUCCUGGUGGUUACACCUUGCAGUACAAUGAGUUUAUUGUGUAUGAUGUCGCUCAGGUAAAGAUGAAGUAUGCUUUGAGAGUGAAGUUCAAUUACAAGCGAUAGGAGAGAACAAUUUGAAGGCUGAAAAUCGAGUUUAGUGAAGUGUUGUGAAAAAUACCCGGUUUAUUGUAUGGAAAUUAAUUGUAUCAUCUAUUCUUUUUAAUAUGUAAAAGCAGAUUUUAUCACUCCUACUUUUAAUGAUCAAAAAUAUUAUGUACCGUAGAACGGCAGAAUUAUUUAACAACUAAAACUUUUAAAGUUGUUUUACUAUAUUUAUCUUACCUAGCUGCAUGUUUUUAGUUUUGAUUGUUUUGUAACGCUAUUUAAUAAAUCGCUAAGUUAUUGACCA